GAUGAAACCUGAACCUGAACCCUUCUAAUUACGCUGAACUGCCGCUCGCUAAUCGGUAAUUCGUCUUACUAGUUGUAGGAAAACUUGUCGUCGCCAUAACGCGGAGCACAACUGAUACAUGCACGAUGUGCUGCGAGCGUCCGUAGCCCAUUAGGAUGGUUCACGUGGCCGAUACGAUCACUGUGACGAUGCUGCUAUCCACUGUACCAUGGUCCUGGGCAUCUUCCAUUCCCAUGGUAUGUACUAGGGCAGUAUCCUUUGUAUACGGGGCAUAUGCCUGCAGUACAGAUGGGAAAGAAGCGCCCCUGACCAUGGACGAGCACAUAUAUGCAUCGCAAGAAGUGCAUGUAACACACGCAGGGUGGGUCUCCCGAGUUCUGGCCUUGGCCAAGGCUGAGGGUGCGGACGCAGCGGGAGGGAGGCCACACUAAUCGUUCCAUCUUGUAACAGCGAAGAAGGGACUCGUCGAUGGAGGGAUCCAAAGUAUAGAUCUCUGUCUCGAACUUGUGGCUAAUUUAUAGACCGCUGAUUGUGGCCUAUUGUGGCCUGGCUUGCGCAGGGGAAUGACAUCUCCACUUGUCGAAGCACGGGGAAGUGGAUUCGAUCAGGUUAUCAUGAAUCGAUUUGAUGAACAAAUGAAUCACAAACGGUGAGAGUCCAAAGGACCUCGAGGCUUG